CUUCUUGCACAAAACCAAGCUCAUUCUAGAAAAGACCCAACGUCAUUCAGUCUACUCUUUUCCCUAACCAUGGCAAGAUACAACGAAUACUCAAUCUUGGACUACCUUUCUCCUCCUCCUCUUCACCUUUGUUUCUUCGUCUUCGUUCUCUUCUCUGUUUUGGGCUUAUCGUUGUACAUAAACUACGAGUCUGUGUACGAGGAUUUGAUUAGCCGGGUCAAGUUCUUCCUCAUCCUCUCUCCCUUAUUUUUGCUGUUCCUUAUUCACUGCUUGUCCAGUGGAACUUUCUUCGUACCACUACCGGAGAAGGAGGAUCUUCACAGGGCAGGAGGAUCUCCGUGGGGCGUGGCGCUCCUCCUUGUGUUCCUUCUAUUUCUCAUCUCUCACCAGUCUUCUUUCCAUGAGCGUUGGUUUCCAUUAGUUACUAAAUGAUUGCUUAAUUCCAAUAUGAGAUGUUAAGUAUGUUUCCCAAUGUGUAAUAUGCUGUAAGCUUGGCUUGUUCUCUUCUUAGUAUAAAAGACUAGCUAGCUU